CUGGCAGUGUUGCGGCAGAGCUGAGGAGGAGGAGUUUGCUGGGAUCACUUCCACUCAGAGGACGUUAGCUCAGGACGUACAGGCUUGAUUUAGGAGGGGUUCCGUUAUGUAGCGGACUGGUUUAGAGGCCGAGGACCUCCUCAUAUGGAUUUGCGUGUUUUGUAGAAUAACGUCUGAAUGAUGCGAUCGCCGUGUUUUCACACUCUGGCCUUGUUUUUUCCCUUUGUCCUCUGAUCAGUCUGCCGGUCCCCCGCUGUGGCAUCAAACCCACCGACCUCAAAAUGUGGUUCAAAGGAGAUUUGGAGGAUGGAUACGAGUCUAAUAAAACAGGCUCCAGUGGUGGUGGCUCUCCAGGAUGGGUCCCUGGCACCGAAUCAGCCUGGCACAGCAACCCCCCUGGCCCUGGGAGCAGUAUCUUUGGUGGGCGCCGACACAGCACAGUAUCUGACAGUGGUGACACUGGCAUUGGCACUUACUACUCUGACAGUGUGGAAGACGACUCCAGCUCCAGUACCACUCCUUUGUCUUUCCAGCCACUGUCCCAGCAUCACUUGGGCCAGGAUGAUGAUGGCAUCCCCACUGUCCACGUCAUGCCAUCCCCAUCCUCCUCACCCAACACCAGUUUCAGAAUACCUUGCUCACCCAGCAGCUCAGGUAAGUGGAGCAGGUCCUGCCAGCUGCUUACGCCAGCCAUGUCUCCCCUGGGUGCACCGAGCUGUCUAGACAUGAAAGACCAUCAGCCCAUCCGGAGGUGGUCCUCUCUCACCAAGUUGUCCUCUGGAGCUGAAAAGAGCUCCACUAGAACAUCAGGCUAUCAAUACAACUCAGAUUCACAAGGCUCCCUGGACAGAGGUCUGCUCUAUGGGUAUAGAAAGGAACCUCUUGGUUCAAAUGUGGACCUUUAUCUACCUUUAUCCUCAUCCUUGCUCUGCCAUAGCUUGCUGCAGCGCUCGCCUGGCGCUGGCCCCUGCUACCGCUACAACCACAGCAGUAGAUCCACCGGCUUGGACGCAGGCCGGUCUCUUUCCUCAGCUCUGUCCUCACCAGUAAGACACAACACUUUGGACAUGAACUAUAGUGCUUUACCAGAAGCUAAGCUGGGCCGGGGAGGGGGACAGGUUUAUGGCCUAAGUUUACCCAAACAAGCGGACUCAACACUGGGUCACCAGACUGACAGAGGCUCCCCGAUCCAGCCUGCAGUUCGCACCCAGAUGUGGCUGACGGAGCAGAUGGAGUAUAGACCCAAAGCCGAGCGUGGAAGUGAACCUGGUCAAAUCAGUGGUAUGGGAACAGAGGGCUGUGGUGGAGAUGGGCCUUCGUCAUGGCAACAGGGACAUCAGCAGGAACCAGGGCUUAACCAGAUGCUGACUGGGACCUCCCUUCCUGUCAACACACUGGUGAAGGUUAAAGAGGGGCUGCUGAGACAGAGAGAACUGGAGAUAGAUAGGCAGAAGCAGCAGAUCCUGCAGCUCCAUGCGCGGAUCAGAGAGAAUGAGCUCAGAGCACAGCAGGUCCUGCAGAGCCAGAGAAGCUGGUUUGACGAUCCCCACAUCCUAAAUACCAAGGAGUCAGCGAUGAGGACGCCGUGCAAGCAGCCAUCUGAUAGGCUGUGCUGUGAUGAGGAACUCGGCAGGAAGCUGGCGGUGGCUGAACUGGAAGUGCUCCAUAUGAACGAGUUAUUCAAGCAAGUCACAAAUAAAUACACAGAGGACAUCAGAAAACUGGAGGAGAAGAUAAAGACGAGGGAUCGCUACAUCAGUAGUCUGAAGAAGAAGUGUCAGAGAGAGAGCGAGCAGAGCCAAGAAAAACAGCAGCGCAUAGAGACUCUGGAGAAAUACCUCUCUGACCUGCCAACACUGGAUGAGGUGCAGGCCCAGGCCCAGCAGCAGGAGGAGGUCCAGCAGAAAGCAAAGAACCUGGAGAAGAGGGUGUGUCAGCUGCAGAGGAGCCUGGAGGAAGGAUGUGCUCUGAUGAAGGAGAAGGACAUCAAGAUCGAGAUGCAGAGCAGGAGAGAGAAGGAGCUGAUUGCAUCUGUGCACAGCCUGCAGCAGAAGGUGCAGAAGUGUCUGGAUGACGGGGUGAGGUUGCCUGUGCAGGACCUGAAGCGGCUCGAGGUGGAAAACAUUCAACUUCUGGAGCAGCAAGACCACAGCAGCAGGCUGAUCGAGCAUCAGAGAGAACAGAUUGAGAGGCUGACCCUGCAACUAACGGCCACCAGUACAAGACUGCAGAAGAAAAGACGACAGCAGGAGGAGAGCCCGGCCCCCCCAUCCAGAGCCCUACCACAGCCACGGCAGGUAGAUGAAGGCUUGUUGGUGCAUCCUCUAUCCCACCUGGAGAUGCCAGAAGUGGGCCGGCUGCUGAAAGAGAUGUCCCUGUGUCUUCUGGACCUCCAGGCGCUCUGCAACAUCCUGGCUCAGAGAGCACAAGGGAAAGAGCCCAACCUAUCUCUGCUGCUGGGCAUGAAAUCGUUGAGUGUGUCAGCGGAGGAGAGUGACUGCAGAGCGGUUGUCGAGGAAGAGCUGAGGGUCAAGCUGCUGGAGGUCGGCCAGCUGAGGAGAGACAUCGAUGAGCUGAGGAAGAGCAUCUCAGACCGCUACGCCCAGUACAUGGGUGACAGCUGUGUCUCCCAAUGACACCCAGCACUGCUCUAACCCAAUAUGUGUUUGAACUGUUUUAUUUCUCAGUACUUCAUAGAUAACCACAUAAAGUACUAUAUUAAUCAUGAGAAUUAUAAGGUUCAUUAUAAGGUCACCAUCAUGGAUGAUGGAAGAUGUUGUGUGAGCAGUCAUGUUGUUGUAUAGAGUGGCUGGCCUUCACAUUUGUUGUGGACUCAGUGGGACUGAGUGAGCUGCAGCCUACAGUUCUGUCUUGGACCAGUAGUCUGCAUCACACCACUGCAAACAACAUUUACAUUAGACUCAUGACUCAGCAGUUAACGUAGACCAGAAGAACUGACCUGGAGAAAGAAGGAUGACGAGACAGCACAGCUGGACACUCAUGAGAUGUGGGUGACGAACUUGUCUGACAGAAGCUCAGUGCAGCAGAUAACUGUAAUAAUCUUUAAAAUGUGGAUACAAGGACCAAAAUUUGUACGUUUAUUCCUCUGGGUCAUUCAUUUGAAAAAUCCCAUUAGCCACUUGAAAUUUCAAAAUUUCCACCAUUUUCCAAGAUGGCUGCCAUUUUCAGCAUAGAAACACGUUUUAACACAAAAUUUUACCCACAAGACAGAUUUCAGUGAUUUCACAAUUUUAUCUUAUGUUUUUGAUUCUGAUUACGUCAAAUGCAUUUGCAAUUUCUAAUAUGUGAAAAAUUAAUAAAACACAAUGUAAUUACAAACAAUCUAUUAUGAAUCAUGAGCAAGCUAGCAAGCUAGUUCACAAGUUAGCAGUUAGCAAAUAGUCCUGACAUAUCACCUAACACUGUCACAUUCAGAGAGCAAACAGUUGAUAAUGUUAGGCAUGAUUUGACCAUGAUAAUACUAGGCAACAUUUAGAGCUUACUACAAACAUCAUCACCAAAAGAGAAACGUCCUAAUAUCUCAAUAUGAAAGAACCAUUUUAUGAUGUUCUCAUUUAAAAGAAAAAUAUCCUGCAAAAUGAAUCCAAAUUUUUUGUGAAAAGAAAAUCUCUUUAUUUUUAAAUGUAUAAAUUAUCACAAAGUCGUGAUUUUAUUAGGAAAUGUAUUUUGUGAGUUUGUACUCGUAUGCAAGUUUAAUUUUUUACAGUGAACUAAAUUUCACCUGCGUUGUAGUAAUGUACGAUUUGACACCUACGUUAUUCAUAUGAGAAAAUGUGGAUGAAAUUAUUGCAAAAAAUAACAUUUUCUUGCGGCCAUCUUGAAUUUUGAAGUGGCUUAGGGUUUUUAUCAAAAGAGUAAUACCCAGGGAGGAUUUGUGCCAGGUUUAUCAUUUGUAUCCACAUUUGAAAGAUUUUUCUGAAAUAUGCAGUUAUCUGCUGAGCUAACUGGAAAAGAUUUGUCUUAAUUAAGGGAAUGAACUUCACAGGAACACUGGACAGAUACCAGUAGUAGACCUCAUCACAGCCACAGCCACAGAAUCAGAAACAAUAACUUGGUAGAUACAGAGGUGGAGUAGCCCAGGUUGAAGGUAUCAAUCGCCCUCACCAGUGUGAAAGCACACCUUCCAACCUCACCAUCCAAGACAGGAAACCACUGACAUCGCUCCAAAGAGACCGGCAUCACCAUCCUGCUGGCUGAUAAAGGAACACGCACAGUGGUGGUUGUCAAGGCGACCAGCAGCCGAGGAGAGUAGUGAACUGCCUUAACCAACUGGAAAAGGACCAUCUGCGUGCUGCUCGACCAGUUUCAUGGCUUUCACAGUAAACCAAGUGUACCAGACUCUCCUGGACAACAGCUGUGGAUGUGGAGGAGUCGACACAACUGAAGGAAACAGAACUAAUCUGACUGAACACACGUUUAUAACUGCAAUGACUGAGUGUCAUGUGAUGAACCCAAAAAGAAUCAGUUUCUGAUUCUGCCAUAUGUGUAAAUAAGCACCUGCUUGCUAACAGAGUCACCAUAACAACAGGUGGUAUGUCAGUGUUAUAUUCACAGCCUAUUGGGCUGUAAUGGUUUAAAUAAUACUACAGGUUACAGGAGAAAGCCUUCACAUAUUCAGAUUGAUUCAGAUGGGUACUGUAAUAAAUAUGCAUAACAAUGUGAAAAAACUAUAAGGCAAACUGUGGAAGCACAUAUUCAGACUGACAUCAACCUCAAACAUCCACCCUCUCUCUACUUAAUGAGACUGAAAUGGAUAGCAGACUUCUAGAUGUUAGAAACUCUUAUCUCUGUGAUUGAAAAUGUCUUAAUGAGCAAUAUCAGCUGUGCUAUUAACGUGAAGGCACCCGCAGAUGAAUAUGGGCAGAUAGAUAAUUCACUAAUAAUUUCAUCAGGUGAUGUUCAGCUGUUUUAUUUGUACAGGCAAGAAAUUUCUCUGGCAUCAUAUCAUGUUAUUUAUCAUUUGUCACUUUUGAAGAGCAUAUUGUUUCCUUUAGCCUUGAGUGCAGUGAAGCUUGCAGCCAAAGAGUCUGACAGAGCAGACUGAAACGGGAGAUGCACUUUUUGGUAGAUUUUGUCUUAUAUGCCACCAGACAUGUUGUAGAAUAAAUGAAUUCCAAGCUGGAGCUAUCAGAGAGCUAACUGUCAAACAUUUAGUCUGCAUGAUUGAACAGGUUUGUAACAUUUAGGUGCUCUGUGUGAGUUCUCUGUGUUCAUUCCACCUCUGGCUGAUCUGACAAGCCACUGGCUGGCUUGUUCCUCUGUAUAAGAAAUUAUUCUCUGAUAUUCUUUCAGUUUUACUGCCAAAAUCUAUGAAUGCCAAAGGUAUCUUUAUUUACAGCAAUGUUCCUCAAUAAGGUUUUUGUCCAUAUGGAGGUUUGAUCAUAUUUGUUCACAUAGCAAAUAAAAUUAUUUUUUUAAAGAA